AUGAGUAUUAAGUUAGUUGUUAGUGGAUUUACUUUGAACAUAAUCAGUGCGUACGCACCCCAGGCAGACUUGGAUAAGGAAGUCAAGAGGCGUUUAUGGGAGGAUUUGGAUGAGAUGGUGCAUUGUAUACCGCACACUGAGAAGCUUUUUAUUGGAGGAGGUUUCAACGGCCACAUUGGAGCGACGUCUGGGGGAUAUGAUGAUGUACAUGGUGGUUUCGGUUUUAGAACUAGAAAUGGAGGGGGAACUUCACUGCUGGAUUUUGCUAGAGCGUUCGAUUUGGUGAUAGCAAACUCAAAUUUUCUGAAGAAGAUGGAACACUUGGUCACAUUCCGAAGCUCGGUGGCCAGGACCCAGAUUGAUUAUCUUCUUUGCAGGAAGUCCGAUAAAGGUCUUUGCACAGAUUGCAAGGUCAUCCCAAGUGAGAACCUCACGACCCUUCAUAGGCUCUUAGUUAUGGACCUUGAGAUCAUUAGGAAGAAGAGGAAGAGGACGGUGUAUGGCCAACUUAGGAUCAAGUGGGGAGCCUUGACCGAAGACAAAGCGCAGGAGUUGGGGGUUAAGUUGUUGACUAUGGGACCUUGGAAUAGUAGUGGGGAUACGAGCCUGAUGUGGACCACUAUGGCACAGAGCAUUAAGAAAGUUGCCAGAGAGGUCCUAGGGGUCUCGAAGAGUUAUAAUGGUGGUCGCAACGGAGACUGGUGGUAG